AUGUUCGCUAUGCGCACACCUAUCUUUACUUGCUCAAAGGCAAACUGGCUUCGAUCGACCUUUCAUACUCAUGGCUCAUUAGGGCGGCUUCAGCCUGCAGGCUUCACAUCACAGCGGAGAUUAGCAUGCAGUCAGGGUAAACCUCAGACACAGUGUCCUAGUAAAGCAUCGCUACCUUUGCCGCUAUCAUCAGCCCAGUUCUGGAGCUCGACGCCAAUAUGGAAACGAGCAGGUAUCAAUACUCUGCGGUGCCUCAUCGGUUGCACAGCGGGCGACUUCUCGGCUAUGUGGUAUCUGCAGUCGUUCCAUGGAGACCUUGGGUCGCCGACAAUCAUGGCUUUGUCGAUGGCGUCCGGCAUUGCUACUUCGCUACUCCUCGAGACCACGCUGCUUCACGUGGGCCAAGAUCGCCUUCCCUGGGUUGCUGCUGCUAAAACUGCUGCGGGUAUGAGCAUGAUAUCGAUGAUCACGAUGGAGGCUGCUGAGAACGCUGUUGACUUCCAUCUUACCGGCGGCAUGGUCCAAUUCGACUCACCAGCAUUCUGGGGUGCUGCAAUCGCGAGCAUCGCAGCUGGCUUCCUUGCCCCGCUUCCUUAUAACUACAUCCGGUUGCGGAAGUUUGGAAAGGCUUGUCACUGA